GGCGGCUCUUGGUACCGCUGGCGCUGGAGAAGGUGGUAAAACCUGCAGCGUGAACCGUUCCUUGUUACUUGUGUUGGGGCAGGGGGGAGGCGAGCGCGUUGUCAGUGAUGGGUUUGUAGUGAAUGGGAUGGAACUGUAGCCGUAGUCAAUGGGUGGACGUCAGUCGUGGACGACGUCAGGUCCUUUAGCCAUGUUUUACUGAAGCAUUAGCCGUUGUACUUUGAAACUGAAGUGAGUCUCACUACACGCAGUCAUCGGCUUUCUGUAGAGCAUUCUGGGGGCAUCGGGGUUAUUGUAGAAAAUCCCGGAAUCCUAGCAGUUCAGGCUGCGUGUGCAGAGAAAGGGUUGAUGCCUCAGGUCGGUGACUGGGAUCAUUUUGGUGUCGAAGGUCGACGUGAUGAAGAGUCGAAGCCCAGAAAACAAAGACUGGAUAUUGGAGCCCCUCUCCUUGCCAGAGCCAACGUGUAAUGCUGUUCAAGACUCAACCUCCUUACUGCUGCCAUGCAUAUUCUGUGAAGAAUGUUAUCCUGCAGAAGAGAAGGAAAACUUACUCAGGCACAUGAUUCUUGAACACAAACUGGUGAUAUCUGAUGUGAAACUCAUUGUAGAUUUUAGAAGAUACAUCUUGUAUUGGAAGAAAAGAUUUACUGAGCAACCAAUAACAGACUUCUGUAGUGUAAUAAGAACCAACUCCCAAGCUCCUGAGGAGGAACAAGCAGACUACUACCUUCUAUGCGAUGUUUUACCUGAAGAUCGAGUACUUAGAGAGCAGCUUCAGCAAAAAAGACUUGAAGAGGUAUUGGAACAGCAACAGCUGGAAAGAAAUGACAACAAUUUUUAUCGUAUCUGUAUGUUUUGUAAUGGAGAAUUUGCAGGAAACAGAGCAGUUCUCUUUAAUCAUAUGGCCAAAGAUCAUGCUUUCAACGUGGGUCUUCCCGACAACAUCGUGUACUGCAAUGAGUUUCUGGAUUUGGUGCAGAAAAAAGUGGAUAAUUUACAGUGUCUAUAUUGUGAGAAAACAUUUCGUGACAAAAAUACACUCAGAGAUCACAUGAGGAAAAAACAACAUCGUAGAAUCAAUGCCAAAAAUCAGGAGUAUGACAGAUUUUACACUAUCAACUAUCUGGAGUUUGGGAAGAACUGGGAGGAAGUUCAGUCUGAAGAUGACAACGAAAUCAUAGAAGAGCCAGAUGAUGAUUGGUCUGAUUGGCAAGGCAGUCCAAUGUGUGCUGUUUGUCUUUUCUGUGAAAAAGCAAAAGAUUCAACUGAAAAACUACACCUUCACAUGAAGACAGAACAUCAUUUUGACCUUCUGAAAUUGAAAUCUGAAAUGGGAUUAAACUUCUACCAGCAGGUCAAAUUAGUAAAUUUCAUAAGAAGGGAAAUACACCAACGUCGAUGCAGCAGAUGUGGAGAAACAUUCAACUCAAAAACAGAAGUUGUAAAUCAUAUGACUGAAACAGACCACAUUAUGUCACUGCUUGACAGGUCUGCCUGGGAUCAGCCUCAGUAUUAUUUUCCUACAUAUGAAAAUGAUGCUUUGCUUUGCUCCUUAUCCGACUGCGAGAGUGAAGCUAUGGCUGACAACCAAGCAACAGACAUUCCUGUUGUUGCAGAAGAUAUUUCAAAUUUGCAAACUCUAAAACAAAGCAGUAUUCUAAAUCUACUGCAGGAUCAAGAGCCAGCACAUGCCCUUUCUCAUCGAGCAAAUAAAAAGUCACCAUUUUAUGAAUGAGAACUAAUGAUACUAACAGCAGACACGCAGCUAUCCCUUUCAAAUUUUACACUAGUUCAUCUACGUGUACUACCAAGAGAUGGAGUGCAAGAAACAGUAAACAUGUCAAAACAAUAUGCAUAAAGAAUGAAAAAAAGAAAAAGAAAUCAUUAAUGUGAACAACAUUGGGAACAGCAACAGCGUUCAGGCCAUUUGGUUAAUAAUAAGUCAUGUUCAUAAGUAAUUGUUCAUGUCAUUUGAUGUGUUGGAGAGUUAAAAUUUUUAAAAACUAGUAUUUAUUACAUAGAUUUAAACAUUACAAAAGAUUAUAAACUGAAAACCACAACUUUAUUUUUAUAAAAGGAACCAAAUUAAAAUCCCCACCAGAUUAAGAGUUCAUCAAAAAAACUUAAAAUAUCAAUGGUUCCUAAAAGUGCGGUUCUUAAAACUUUGGAGGAAAAUCUCUUAAAUGCUGUGAUUCCCACAAAUCUCAUGAGCCAUUAUCUGGGAUCCACUUCCCUCAUUGCAUAAAAGGAAUAAGACCUGUACCCAAUAAUUGAGCAAACGUGCCCAUAUUCCUUGAUGUGGCAGCCAGGCCCAGGCAUCAGACUCCCUGCUUCUCCAGUAUUUGAAAUUUCUAUCAAAACCACCUCGAGUUAAAUCUACAUCUAAAUUCACAUCAUCAAGUAAGAUUCUCAUAUCUCACGACUACAUCUUCCAAACUAACACCUGCAUAUCUAUACAAGAGGGGGACCAAAACCUAUUGAACUUCCUCAUUAUUUCAAUGGGGAUCUGGACUUAAAAGCUUGGGAAGUCCCAGUCUAUUGUCCCUCACCCUUGAAUAUGAUAUGUUAAUGCAUGUGGGGAGGUGUAAAAGCUUCUUGGCGUAAUCCCUAUUGACCCCAUGUAAUUUAACUAAAAUAUUUUGCCUUGCUUAAAAUUAUUCUGUACUAUGCUUGGAACAGUGGAAGGACUCUGUUCCCUCCAGUCCCAAGUCAAUCCUACCCUUGCCAGCCCCUGUAACAGUAUUACCCUUACAUUUUACAUGAUUACAAGUUAUUACAUGAUACUUGUCAUCCUUACCACAUCUACUGCAUGUUUAAGAUAGUAAUCUGUUGUUUAGUAUCGGUGCACCUGCGUGUUUUCUCUCGUAAGGUUUGUGAAAAGCAUUAACCACAAACAAUUCUACACAGUGCAGCUAAGGUUCCUGAUGGAACAUACAAUUCUAAUCUCUUUUAAAACUACGUCACUAACAAGAUCAUAACUAACAGAAGAACCGGUCUUAAAAUAGGUGGUCCAAAACUUGAAUCUAAAAUGUGAGAACCUAAAAGGGACCAAUUAAGUCUAGAAUCUAAAACUCAAAUUUCAAAUUUAAAUUACAGCUCCUUCAUUCAGCUUACUUUAUACUAGAACAUAAAGUAAUAAAAAUUUGCUGGAGGAACUCAGCAGCUUGAUCAGCAUCUGUUGGAGGAAAGGAAUUGUUGACGUUUUGGGUCGAAAUCCUGCCUCGGGACUUUGACUAUAAACAGUUCAAACUAUAACUUUGACUUAUAAACCUCAACUAUAAUAUAUAAACUUUUGACUAUAGAUUAUAAACAGUUGCUUGAAUUAAGGAUGGAGUUGCAUUGAACAACAGAAUGCUAUCUUAAACUUGUAUAGUUUUUUAAUGAGGUUAAUUUCAUCUGUAAUCUCUUUUUAUGAUUACUACUUAGCAUGUCUACAUAAAUUCUUAACUACUGCUUUAACACCUGUUGACUCAUCCAAAAGAAAACCUUUUAAAAGAAAAUAGGAAUAAAAAUGCAGUGUAGGAUUUUGUAUAAGUGAUUUGAAAUGACAGAGGAAAUUAAAGUCAUUGGAGGUUUCAUUCCUGAACAGUUAAUUAGUACUGCCUUUUAAGAUGAUCUUCUAUUGUAUUGUAAUAAAAACGUUAUUGCCAUUUUGUAUUGUAGUUAGGAAAGUAUCAAGAUUUUGUUAUUUGACAUCCAGAGUUGCACUGUGGCAUUCUGAAAUGAAAACCAGAAAUAAUUAAUGGGAACAUUAUCCCAGAGUGUAAAUUGACCACUGAAAGAUUUGGCAAAAGUAAUUAAUGUAUGUCCUGUAAAGUUAAAUUUUAUUUAUUUGUCUCCUUGUCUAGGGUAAUUGAAAAGUUUGAAAUGUUGCUUUUGUGGCGACUCACCGUCUAGUCGGGCGAACCGGCUCGGCAGUCGGGUCGCGCGGCGUCGGAGCGACGAGGCCCAAGAUGGCGGCGGGCCUCGUCUUUCCGAGCGACGGGGAGAACCCACGCGCGGGAAAGUCCUGAUGACGUAGGACUUACGUCAUUGCCGGUUUUUUGGGCGGGAGUUUUUCUCCCUUAUGGGGCCCGCACAAGGCGGGAAAAUAAACCAGUUCUGUUUGGCAA